AUGCCGUCUCUAAACGGCGAUGAAAUUGCCGGUCCAAUUUCCUUCAAGAGGUCAAGUGCCACUAUGAAGAAGAACAUGCCCACCCCCACCUGCUCAUCAGGAAAUGCAGUGAAGCCAAACGGUCUUGGACAACAAUGUCAGAAGAGUAAACUGAAAAGACUUCGUGUGGAGGAUGUCCUCAUCUCGGAUGAUCCAGACGAUGACAAACCAAUUGCAUUAAGGAUGGAAGUUUGUGAGAGGAAAUCAAAGAGAAUCGAUAGAAAAGGUGCCAUGCCAGAUGGUGAUUCUGAGGAUGAGAGACCGAUUGCAUUAACCAACCUCUACAGUGUUGGCAAUUUCAGAGUAGAACCACCUGGCUUGUUCAGGGGACGUGGAGAGCAUCCAAAGAUGGGAAGAUUGAAGCGACGCAUCCGACCAAGUGAUAUUACAAUAAACAUCGGAGAAGAGGCUCCCGUCCCAGUGUGCCCUAUACCUGGAGAAAGCUGGAAAGAAGUCAAACAUGACAAUACUGUUACAUGGUUGGCCUGUUGGAAUGAUCCGAUAAACGAAAAAGAUAUCAAGUAUGUUUUCCUUGCCGCAAGCAGCUCACUAAAGCGACAGAGUGACAAGGAGAAAUAUGAGAAGGCCCGGAAACUGAAGGAUUACAUACGCAGUAUUCGGGCAAAUUACACCAAGGAUUUCAGGAGCAAAGAUCAGAGGAAGAAACAAAUUGCAGUGGCAACAUACCUUAUAGAUAAACUAGCCCUCAGGGCAGGCGAUGAAAAGGAUGAGGAUGAGGCAGAUACUGUUGGUUGUUGUACACUGAAGGUUGAAAAUGUUACUUGUUUGCCUCCAAACAAGCUUCAGUUUGACUUUCUUGGUAAAGAUUCUAUAAGAUACUAUAACACUGUAGAGGUUGAACUAGCUGUAUACGAGGCGAUUAAGGAAUUCUGUGCAGGUAAAAAGAAGGGAGGACAUGUCUUUGACAAGCUUGAUACAACUAAACUAAAUGCUCAUCUCAAGGACUUAAUGCCUGGCCUGACUGCAAAAGUCUUUCGUACAUACAAUGCUUCCAUCACUUUGGACACCAUCUUGAACAAAGAAACAACAGAUGGAACCGUUGAUGAAAAAGCUAAAGUCUAUCAACGAGCAAACAAAGAGGUUGCUAUAAUCUGUAACCAUCAGCGUGCUGUCCCAAAAUCACAUGAUUCCCAGAUGAAUAAGUUGAAUGAAAAGAUUGAUGAAUUAACGGCUCAGAGGGAUCAGUUGAACGUAGAAUUGGAGAAAGCAAAUAAACUUUUGUCUAAAAAAGUGAAGAAACGAAAGCUUGUAGGCUCUGAUGGAGAUGCGAAGCGAAGGAGAAAAUUGACCCCUGAAAUGUUGCAGAAGAAGUUAUCUCAGGUUGAAACUAGGAUAGUGGAAACGGAUAACCACAAGAACAACAAAGAAGAUUUGAAGACGGUGGCACUAGGCACAUCAAAGAUCAACUACCUUGAUCCUAGAAUUACUGUGGCGUGGUGCAAAACCCAUGAAGUUCCUAUUGACAGGGAUAAGAUUUUCACCAAGACAAUUCUGGAGAAAUUUGCAUGGGCGAUGGAUGUCGACCCAGAUUUCAGAUUCUAA